GUGAAAUCAAUCGGCAAUGCCACCAGGAGACACUAAAGAAGAAGAAGUCAACCUAGCGUAUGGAAUGCAGGGCAAUGGGUGUACCUGACUUUUGCUGACCUUCAGUGGUGAUUGGCACCAACAGCCAUCUAUCAGCAUGCAAGGAUUUUACUCCAAGCUUGACUCCUCACCCUCCUCAUCCCCUUUAUUGGGGGUGGGCCUUGGGCGAGAAGGUGCUCCUGUUCCUCUCAGUCUCGCUGUGGAGACGGAGAAAGCGCAGGCCCUUCUACAGACAUUUAGUUCUGCCUCUCUGCUCGCAUCAGCUGGACUUGGUAUAUUCUGUGUAGUGGCGGACCAUGCUCUUCAGCUUUCCAUCAUUCAACACCACCUUUGGCUGCGCGCAGCUUUGGACAACGCCACACAUGGGUUAAUAGGGCUGUGGUCAUGGGCAGUUGUUAUUGGACUGAGAAAAAAGAGUGAUCUGUAUGAGGUGCUGCUGGCUGGUCUUUUGGCAUCAAUCAUAGACCUGGACCACUUUUAUAUGGCUGGAUCCCUGUCACUCAAGGCUGCUGUGUCACUCCCUCAGCGUCCCCCUCUACACUGUUCCUCUCUCAUCCCUGUGCUCUGUCUCUCCCUCCGCUUCCUCAUGUGGAUUGGGCGCCUCAAGGAUGCUUGGUGCUCCUUGCCAUGGAUGCUUUUCAUUUCCAUGGCAACACACCAUGUCCGGGAUGCAGUGCGCCAUGGUCUAUGGGUGUGCCCAUUUGGCAACACAGCCCCGCUCCCUUACUGGCUGUAUGUGAGCACCACGGCUACGCUUCCUCACUUGUGCUCAGUGCUCAUGUAUCUGACAGGAACCAGGGAUGUUAUUUCCACCAAGCACGGCGUGGCCAUUGAUGUUUAGAUGUCACUGAAAUACCAGCAACGCCUGAAGCUGAUCUGAGAUGGAUCUGCUUUGGGGGAAAAAGGCUGGGUACUUGAAAUAACAAGGAAGAACACUGAAAACUAAGAUAACAGCUGUAUAACACACAAAACAUACAUUUUAUUUGGUUUCUUUUUAUGGGAACAUCUGCAUGAAAAUGCAGUUCAGAGGAGAAACAUUCCAGUUUUAGUGCCAAUCAUGGACUUCUGGUUCUGAUCUCAUACGGAUGUAUCCGAUCCUUUUCUGCUACCUGCAGGGUGAAUCCUUUUUCUUCUAACUGUCUGGAUUGUUUAAGGAGUGAUCCCUUUGAAUAUCUGCCAUAUCAUUUUUUGAAAAGCUUGUCAUUCCUCCCUGAACCAUCACUAUCCAUCCCCAUUCCAAAAACACCCAAGGAAAGCCAACCAAAGGUCAUCUGGCUGCAUGACGAACUAGUAAAUUAUAAUCAGUGGUCUUUCACUCUCAACUUGUGCAGCAGUGUUACCACUUUUAAAAUUUCUCAUCAGCCACUGUGGUGGAAUUAAAUUUACUGUACCUUUUAUUUAAGAGUGAGUUGUAAAUCACCACUUUCUAGUAGCUUCCUGUUUUAAUCAACUGAAAAAAAUAAUGAAAGUGGAUAUUCUGCCUGUUGUAAUUUCCAUCUGGGACCUCUUUGCCACAGACUGCUCCAGUUAGCCUUUUUCUCUGAAAAAGCUAGUAUUUUAGCCCUGACCUAAUCAGUCAUAAUUUUCAAUCACGGGGGUGAUGUUGUGACUACAGAAAACCUUUUAGCAUUGCUGGGAAAGUUUGGUUUUGUUGCUCACAUGUUUUCUUUUUUUUGUUGUUUUUAUUAAAGCACUGUUCCUGUUGGUUGUACUUGUUAUAUCAGCUCUUGUGCUGUGUCCAAGAAUCAUCUUAGAAAGUGAGAAGUGUUCCACUUUUAAGAGGUAUUGAGCUGAACAUGUAGAUCAGUUUAGAUUACUGUCUUGAAUUGUACAAAUGUCAAAACUCUGCUUUUAUUAUUUCAGUAUAAGAAAAUAUGUUUAGAGUGUUGUUGACAUUUACACUUAUGCUUUGUUUUUGUGUGAAGAAGAGAAUGAAAUUAUUUUAUUGACGCGACAGGAAAGGCCAGUAAUGUCUCAAGCAACUUCUAUAUUAUCCACCAAAUAUAGGAAAGAUAAGGAAGAUUGAAAGGUACUGGAUAUUUAUUUUUUAACACUAUAAAUAGUGUUUCCAUUGCCAGUCCUCUCUUCAAAGGAGUCAUUGGCACUAACCUUUACAUUAAGUACAAAAAUUGUAAUUGCUGCAUAAACUUGCUGUAAACCCUUCACUGCAGUUCAUUUUGCUACUAUGAAUGAAAGAAACAUUCAAGUCUAAGUGCUUGAAUUUUUAGUUGUCUUUUCAGUGGUGAAAUUUUGACAAUGAUGGAUCAGUUGCAUUUAUUCAUUUUUUAAUACUUUCAUCCAGAAAAAUCACAGACCAAUCAGAGAAAGGAAAAAGGAAGUCAUUACUCUGUUAUUAUCAUUCAUCUGCAGUAUUUUUUAAGCUAUUAGAUAUUAGAGAUGUUGUAAUACGAUGGAUAGUAGAUGUGAUACAUUUUUCGGGACUUAACAGUGCUAAAGGUUUUUGAAUGUUAUUGACAUGCUUUGGGUUAAAAGGGAUUGUGGUCGCUCCAAAAGGGUAAAAAGUCUUGUUUGUUUUUGAGGUAGGCCUUAUUUUGGGUCUAUCAAAGUAUUUUUAAAUCUUCUGCAACAGAUAUUUAAGAAUACUGUGCUCUUUUGUUGUAGUAGUAUCACUGGUUUAUUAAGGUUGUAGUACUGUUAGUUGUCCACUAGGUAGCUGCAGUACGCUGCAGACACUCAAAAUGUUUGGUUCCAAUUAGGCACCAAAGGUUCUGUAACAGAAUGCUUCAUAAAGGAGGUAUUUUGUUCUUGUCUGUGUAUCCUAAGUUGUGAGAGUAUUGUGUGUGCUGCUAUUGCACUUUAAUUUUUGUGUUCAAUUAUUUGAAAAUUGUUACAUUUGGAGCACAUAUGGAGUAAAUCAUAUUACUUUGGAGAGACUGGUGAACAUUUAACACUUGGAUUUAUUUUAUUUAUUUUGACUUAUUAAGAGUAGGACACACAUGUCUGCUGUCCCAUUGUUUUUGUCAUUUUCAGUGAAGACUUAUCAUUAUCACUAUUACAGCUGCUUAAAUGUACCAUGUAACCUUUAUUUAUGCAAGAUUUUGUUGAAUUUUGCACAUUUUUUUCAUCUUUUUAUUACUAUUGUAAUAAAUUAUAUAAAGCAACUUGAAAGUUUUAAUGUAGUGUUCUUCUCAUUACAAUAAAAUACAUCCUGUCCAUAUUUUUGAAGCAUUGAAGUGUAAUUUUUUUUUUUUUCCUGGAUUAGACCUAAAUUAGACACAUCUAAACAACAUUCUGUCCUGAGCAAUCACAUUUGAU